AGGAAGGAUGAAGAGCAGAUCCCCAGUGGGGUUCGCAUUGUAUCUGCUACUAACCAAAGAACACAAGGAAAGAAACCAAGGAAAAGUAGUGUAUGAGAGUGGGCGAAAGAGAGACGCGUGAGAGUUAUAGUACAAAAAAUGGGGAGUCUAGUGUAUCAGGGGAUUUCCUCCGCUGCAUUCACGCUUGGGAUGUACCACCUCAUCAGUACCACGCGCAACUACCUCAAAUCGCCGCACACCUACGUCGCCAAACCCUUCCACCCCUUCCCCUACCCUCGCCGCCUCCAGCUCUACUUCCUCAUUUUCGCCCUCCUCGUCGCCAUCGCCCACGACCUCCUCAUCUCCGUCGACGCCGACCCCUUGCUCCGCGGCGCCACUCCUGUCCACCUCCUCCUCUCCCUCCAGUCCGCCGCCACGCUCUUCCUCUUCCUCCUCCUUGGCCUGGCCCUUCUCCUCGCCGACUCCUCCCCUUCCAUCCUCCCCCUCCCCGCCGAACUCGCCUUCGCCCUUGCCUCCGGCCUCUUUCUCCUCCACUCCGCCCUCGCCUCCGCUCGCGCAGCACUUCAGACCUCCGCCAUCGAGGCCAAGUGCCUCUCCGUCUCCGGCAGCCUCUCCUCCAUCUCCGCACUCCUCUGCCUCCUCCUUGCCGCCCUCCCCCGUCUCUUUCCCGCCGACGCCGCUCUCGCCGCCACCUUCUGCCUUCGCGGCCUCUGGUCUCUGCAGACCGGCCUCUCCCUCUAUGCCGACGCCUUCAUCCCCGACGGCUGCCACCGCCUUCUCGACGUCAAGAGCGGCGUCGAGGGAUCCACGCAGUGCGAUCUCGACGAGUCUAAGUUCGCCGCCGUUGCGAUUCUCGAUCUGGCGUUCCUGAUCCACGCUAUCUUCAUCGUUCUCCUCUUGCUCAUAACCUACGCGCUCGUCGCCAGGAGCGUUGGUCUGAGAAGGCUCGGAUCCUAUGAAGCGCUGCCCACGGCGACUUCAUCUUUGGACGCCAACCACAGCCAUAUUCAGAUGAUGGGCUUGACCGGCACCCAGGCUUGAAACUUUUCGCUCAUUAUAUUACCUCUUUUUUGUUCUUUUUUAUUUUAAAAUUUCUUAUCUGUCUUCCUCUGAUCAUAAUGUAGGUUUGAACUUUGUGAAUACACCAUAGUAUUCCUGUUUAGUGAGUGAGGCGAAUUGUUUAUGUAGUUCAAUUUUGUUUCAUUACCUGUUACUGCUUUGCAUAUUCCUAAACACCCCUUCAAUACAUAUGAUAUGAACAUGGCUCUAAAUUGCGAUUGCAACGGCAUCAUGCAUAUGCAGAUUAAUUCUUUUCA